CUAAGGAGGGGAGGUGGAAAAAAAAGAAAAAAACUUUUUUGUAUCGAAGGAAUCAACAGCCGCCAUCUUGUCGCGGUCCUAGGUCUGGAUUUGCGUGGAAUCUUGUUUUUUUUUUUUUUAAUUUUAUUUUGUCCCCUCGCUAAUUAGUACUGGGGUGCGCAAAUCCUGACUGUGCGGCCCCAAUUUCCCAGAAGGUUUAUUAUUUUUACAGGCUUCCAUGCGGAAAUAGUAAAGAAAACCAGGAGUCCGGGAGACUAUCUUUCGAGAAGGAUUCCCCCUCUGCUUGAAGAGCUGGUUUCCCUUUCGGCGAGAGCUGCUUCAGUCCGUGUGCACUCGCGCGGCUUACCGGUAACCACCGAGCGGCGACUGGGUAAAAGUGCCGACACGCCGGAAAAUUCUUUGGCUUUCUCCUGCAGCGCCAAUGCUUGCUGCCUGGCGCGUUUGUCAGAAGACGCUGAAAGCCGAGCUGUUGCGUUGUUCAUGCAAAUAUGUCGACAUUUAGACUAAUUACACUGGAAGAGGAGGACGGCGUGUGCUGAAUGGUUUUCUACAGACAUUCUUACAGAUAAUGUGGGUGUUGGACUGUCAUGGGGUGAAUGACACUAACGAAGCGGGGCGCUGUUGCCACCGUUUUCAGAUAGUGCUUCAGCCUUAGCCUUCGACGACUAAGGUGUUACCGACUUGUCUGGAGAUUUGUGUUUUCUUUUGAAGGGGUCACUUUUUUUGGCAAGUGUUUGCAUCGGGGACAUGGCUGACAAAAAAACAUUAGACGGAGCACCCAACGCCAAACGGCCGAAAUUGAAUUCGCCUGCGAUGUCAUCCUCCGAUGGAGCAGAUUUCAGAACGUUGUUUGACCUUGAAAAUGACCUACCAGACGAGCUUAUUCCAAAUGGAGAGGCAACCAUCCAAAGCAUGGCCACUAAUGGUGGGGUUGGAGGAGGAGUAACAAGCAUAACAUCAGAUACUUCUCUGAAGCACAAGCACCUGCCUGAACUUCUUCGUACUGGGUGCACCUCCGUUCUUAACACUAGUAACAACCAGCUGGGAAUGGGAUCCCUCAUCAAGAAUCCACUAACCCAGACACUUCCGUCACCUGCCUCAAGUCUUGGAAUUCAGCUACCAAACACUGCCAAUUCCCAAGCCCAGAAGCAAAUGAGUGUCCAAGGAGGGAAUGCUGUACCUGGUACUACUGCCAAUGAGACACAUGUGGGAAUCGGCAUCAGCAGUAAUUUCAGUCAGGCACUGCUGAAUACGGCACAUGGACUUUUAAAUCAGUCUUCCCAUCCUCAAGGACAGGUCAUGAAUGGCACGCUUGGGUCUGUAAGUCAUAGUAAAACAACUGGUGUGCAGUUCCCUAGUCCAGGCUUACAACCAGGAGGAAGCUCAGGCAGUACCGGUGUUCUUGCAGAAACAUUGACACAGGGAGUGCAAAUGGUCAGUCAUUCUCCGCUAAAUGCACAGCAGUCUGGUAGCAUGGCCAAGGUGGGUCCCUUUGUGCAGCCUUACAGUCAGAGUGGGAUGCAACAGAUUGGACCAUCAGGAGUGAAUCCUCCUUUACAGAACAAAUCAGCCUUCUCCAGUAGCUUGCCGCCUUACACAAGUAGCUUGAAGGGGUCUGCUUUAACUAGUGUGCCAAACUUGACGCCGAUGCAGCAGUCCCAGCAGGUGCCAGCUGCAGGAGUUGUCUCAACGCAGGGUCUUUCUACAGGACCUACUGCUGACCCCGAGAAGCGCAAGUUAAUACAGCAGCAGCUUGUUCUUCUGCUUCAUGCUCACAAAUGUCAGAGGCGUGAGCAAGCCAAUGGAGAGGUACGUCACUGUACCCUUCCACAUUGUAGGACGAUGAAGAAUGUGCUGAAUCACAUGACGCAUUGUCCAUCUGGAAAAUCGUGCCAAGUUGCUCAUUGUGCAUCUUCACGACAAAUAAUUUCUCACUGGAAAAACUGCACACGACACGACUGUCCAGUAUGUUUACCAUUAAAAAAUGCCAAUGAUAAGCGAAACCAGCAGCCUUUGUUAGGUCCUGCCAGCACAGACUUAUCAAAUUCAGUUAGUGCAGGAGCAACCCAUGGAGCAGCACAGCAAAGUACUCCAAAAGUAAACAGCACUAAUCUCAUUGAUUCAAGCUCAAUGCAGCGGGCAUAUGAUGCUCUGGGGCUUUCUUAUGGUAACCAGCCUCAGGUAUCUGAUCAGCAGCAAGUACAGAACCAGCCACAUCAACAGAUGAGAUCUAUUAGUUCACUUGGUACUAAUCAGGUAGACCAAGGAGGAUCAGGGAUUAGAGUUGCUGUGUCUGAACAGCAAACGGGCCUCAUGCCAGAUUCAACAAUUCCAUCUUCUCUUGUUACUUCUGGUCAGUUAUUUUCGGAUGGCUCUGGUGGAAACAAAAUGACAAACAUGGGAAAUCUUCCAACAGCAGCACCUUUGUCUUCCCCUAGGGUUCGAAAAUCCUGGCAUGAGCAUGUUACUGAGGACCUGCGAAAUCACUUGGUUCAUAAAUUAGUUCAAGCCAUAUUUCCAACACCUGAUCCGGCAGCUUUGAAGGACAGACGCAUGGAGAACUUGGUGGCCUAUGCACGUAAGGUGGAAGGAGAUAUGUACGAGUCUGCUAAUAGCAGGGAUGAGUAUUACCAUCUGUUAGCUGAGAAAAUUUACAAAAUACAGAAGGAACUUGAAGAAAAACGUAGGUCACGGCUACAAAGACAGAAUGUUUUGGGCACUCAAGCACAGAUGGCUGCCACUAGCAACCAGCAGCCAGUAGUGCAUCAAACGCCUGCUCUGCCUUCAACUCAAACCAUAAGACCACCAAAUGGACCAUUGCCUUUAACCAGCAUUCUAAAGCAGCUCACGAAUCGCAUGCAGCCACCACAAGGUAUUAACCAGUUUAUUCCUAUGACUGUCGGGAAUCCGCAAAUGACUCAGAAAUCCUCCCAAACGAACCCUGCAGGUCCUGUGAACACCUUGGAUGCUGUUCCAGCUAUGGGUCCAUCAACAUCACGAUUAGCACAAGCCCCGAGCCUGUUUGGAGCCCAGAGUAGUAAUGUGGUUGGCCAGACAAAUAUCCAGAACCAGUUUCUGCCUCAAAACCAGUUUACAGUAUCACCUGGACCUAUGAAUGUAAAUAAUUUGAGUAUGGGACAACCUACAUCUCAAACUGGGGUUUCACAGACUCAUUCUCAAACACAGAAUGCUGCUGCAGUAACCAGUCAGAAUACUGCACUGCCUUGUCCACCUGCUGUACAGCUAUCAGUCCGCGUAGCACCACCUGCAGAAGUGCAGCCUACUCAGCUUCCCUCCUCUCAAAUCCUGGCACACCAAUCGGCUAAACCCUCAACAACAGUUUCCCCUGUAGGACCAGCAUCUAUUUCAACUCCUAAUGGCCUUCCUAGUGCAGCUGCAGCACAAAGCACACCACCAGAUCUUGGAUCGCUUUGUGCCCCGACUCAACCACUUAGCCCAGUUCAAGAGUUGCAACCUAAGCAUCCUACUACUACUGCUGUUGCUGAGGCAGCAGGUUGUGUUGAUCUGCAUUCAGCUUCUCCAGGCACUGUUACCAAUGGAGAUCUAAACUCUCAGCAGUGUGGAGCUGACUUUGUAGUCAAUAUGAAGUCAAAAUCCAAAGAAGAAGAGAAGGAAUUUAAAUAUGGUGAACAUCAAGCCAAACUGAAACAGGAGCCUGAAGAUGAUAUAUUCCAAAUGGUAUCUCAAGAUAAAGAGGAUUCUGAUGGUGUGGAGGGAAAACCGGAGCCAAUGGAAGUGGAAGAAAAAAAAUGUGAUGUAAAGGCAGAGGUCAAGGAGGAGAAGGAGAUGGAAUCCAACGGUCAGGUUCACCCUACAGUUGUGUCACAAGGCCACAGAAAAUUUUUUAAACCAGAAGAGUUGAGGCAAGCACUGAUGCCUACAUUAGAAGCUUUAUAUCGACAAGAUCCAGAAUCUCUUCCAUUUCGGCAACCUGUAGAUCCCCAGUUCUUAGGAAUCCCUGAUUACUUUGACAUAGUGAAAAAACCCAUCGACCUGUCAACAAUAAAAAGGAAGCUGGACACUGGCCUGUACCAGGACCCUUGGCAGUAUGCUGAUGAUGUGUGGCUAAUGUUCAGUAAUGCCUGGUUAUACAAUAAAAAGACCUCCCGUGUCUAUAAAUGUUGCACAAAACUCGCAGAGGUCUUUGAACAAGAGAUUGAUCCUGUAAUGCAGUCUCUUGGUUACUGCUGUGGUCGAAAGUAUGAAUUUUCACCACAGACGUUAUGCUGCUAUGGUAAACAACUGUGCACCAUCCCUCGUGAUGCCACCUACUACAGUUACCAAAAUAGGUAUCACUUCUGCGAGAAGUGUUUCAAUGAAAUCCAGAAUGACAAUGUAACUCUAGGCGAUGAUGCUUCUCAACCACAAACCAUGAUUUCAAAAACCCAGUUUGAAAAGAAGAGAAAUGACACACUUGACCUUGAACCUUUUGUUGACUGUAUAGACUGUGGACGUAAAAUGCACCAGAUAUGUGUAUUGCAUAAUGAAUUCAUCUGGCCAUCUGGUUUUACCUGUGACAACUGCCUUCGGAAAACUGGUAGAACAAGGAAAGAGAAUAAAUUUUCUGCAAAACGGUUACAGUCAACAAGACUUGGAAUGUACAUUGAAGAUAGAGUCAAUAAAUUCCUAAAGAGGCAAAACCAUCCUGAGGCAGGGGAGGUGUUUGUGAGAGUGGUUGCAAGCUCAGAUAAAACGGCUGAAGUGAAACCGGGAAUGAAAGCCAGGUUUGUUGAUACAGGUGGGAUGGCCAGCAGCUUUCCAUACAGAACCAAAGCACUUUUUGCUUUUGAAGAAAUGAAUGGGGUGGAUAUGUGUUUCUUUGGCAUGCAUGUACAGGAAUAUGGCUCAGAAUGCUCCUUCCCUAAUACCAGGCGUGUUUAUAUAUCAUACCUUGACAGCAUUCAUUUCUUUAAGCCUCAUUGUUUGCGAACAGCAGUCUAUCAUGAAAUACUAAUUGGAUAUUUGGAAUAUGUGAAGAAACUUGGAUAUGUAACAGGUCAUAUCUGGGCAUGCCCUCCAAGUGAAGGAGAUGAUUACAUUUUCCAUUGUCAUCCAUCAGACCAAAAAAUACCAAAGCCUAAGCGACUGCAGGAAUGGUACAAAAAAAUGCUGGAUAAAGCUUUUGCAGAACGAAUAAUUCAUGACUACAAGGAUAUAUUCAAACAAGCAACUGAGGAUCGGUUGACAAGUGCAAAGGAAUUACCUUACUUUGAAGGGGAUUUCUGGCCCAAUAUGAUAGAAGAAAGUAUUAAAGAACUCGAACAAGAAGAAGAGGAACGUAAAAAAGAGGAAAACACAGGUGCCUGUGAGACACACGAAGGACUUACUGGAGAUGCUAAAAAUGCCAAGAAGAAGAACAACAAGAAGACUAAUAAGAAUAAAAGUAGCAUUAGUCGUGCCAACAAAAAGAAGUCUGGGAUGCCAAACGUGUCUAAUGAUCUGUCUCAGAAGAUAUAUGCAACAAUGGAAAAGCACAAGGAGGUGUUUUUUGUCAUCCACCUUCAUUCAGGCCCAGUUAUCAACACGCUGCCUCAUAUAAUUGAUCCAGAUCCUCCUCUUGCUUGUGACUUAAUGGAUGGUCGUGAUGCCUUUCUAACACUGGCUCGUGACAAGCACUGGGAAUUUUCCUCACUACGUCGCUCCAAAUGGUCCACAAUGUGUAUGCUGGUAGAGCUGCAUAAUCAAGGGCAGGAUCGCUUUGUUUACACCUGUAAUGAGUGCAAGCACCAUGUGGAGACCCGGUGGCACUGUACUGUUUGUGAGGAUUAUGAUCUAUGUGUCAGCUGCUAUAACACUAAAGGACAUGAACACAAGAUGGUUAAAUGGGGCCUUGGACUAGACGACGAGAGCAAUGGUCAAGGAGGUGAGGCCUCCAAGAGCCCGCAAGAGAGCCGUCGCCUGAGUAUUCAACGCUGUAUUCAGUCACUGGUGCAUGCUUGUCAGUGCCGCAAUGCCAAUUGUUCACUUCCGGCCUGCCAGAAGAUGAAACGGGUUGUGCAGCAUACAAAAGGUUGCAAGCGAAAGACUAAUGGAGGCUGUCCAGUCUGCAAACAGCUUAUUGCCUUAUGCUGUUACCAUGCUAAGCAUUGCCAAGAGAAUAAGUGUCCAGUGCCCUUCUGCUUAAACAUUAAACAUAAGUUACGUCAGCAGCAGCUCCAACACCGGCUGCAGCAAGCGCAGAUGAUACGCCGCAGAAUGGCUACUAUGCAGGGCCGAGGAGGAACUGUUAACCUUCCUUCUCCAAGCACUCCAACACCACAACCCCAGCCCAGUCUCCCUCCAAACCAUCUGCAGCCUGUUGCUCCUGCUAGCCUUCCUCCAACACCCUGCAGUCAGCCUUCUAAUGUUGUCACCCAAGGGAAACCUGUACACAUGGCAGCCUCCACUCUCCAGCAGAACCCUCCAUCACUUCCUCCUCCACCUCCUGCCACAGCUGUGGAAGCGGCCAAGCAAAUUGAACUCGAGGCCCAGAAGCAGCAACAAAUGUUCUGUGGGAGUAAUAUCAAUGGACUUCCUUCUGGUCAUUCAGGGAUUACGGGACCGGUGCAGCCCACAACAAUGCUGGGUCCAGCACGGGGCUCUGCCACCAUUCCUAUUGCACCACCCGCAAAUCAGUGGCCCCGUCCCACAGCACCACAGCCACACCCUACACAGACUGUGACAACACCUCCACAGAUGUCUGUUUCUCAGCCUUCCAUCCCACAAAGUGCUAUACAGCCACAGGCCAAGAUGUCAGGGGCUGUUCAAUCCCAGUUACCUCCACAGCAGCAACCACCUCCGAGGUUUGCAGUGGGCAGCAUCACCCACACAGCUCUGCAGGACUUGCUGCGUACUCUCAAAUCUCCCAGCUCACCUCAGCAACAGCAGCAGGUUCUCAACAUCCUUAAAUCUAAUCCUCAACUCAUGGCAGCUUUCAUUAAGCAGAGGACAGCAAAGUACCAAGCCAGCCAAGCGCAGACACCAACACCUGCACAAGGUAUUCAUCCUCAGCAAAGAACUGGCACAUCCCCUGCUGUUUCUCCAGGAACUGGGGGUGUUGGGGCCCCGUCAUCACUUGUGACCACUGGGCACAAUCCCAUGAGUAGCCCACAGUAUCGAGAAAUGAUGCGAAGACAACUGAUGCAGCAACAAGGCUCCAUGACCCAGGGGCCUGGUCACUUUCCACAAGCCCCUACUACGUACUCACAAGCAAUGCAGCAGCGUCUCACCGUGCAAAGUAGUGGCCAGCACUCCUCUUCCUCCAUUGGGCCAAUUGGUCAAGGUGGAUCAACUAGUCUCCAGCAAGCCUUACAGCAGCGCCUAAUGUCUAAUAUCACAAAUCCCCAACAGCACUCACUGGCAGGACAACCUCAGGGUAUGCAGCCAAUGGCAGCCCUCGGCAAGCAGUUGUGUUCCCCAGGAAUGGUGUCAUCUCCUCGACCCUCAUCUCAACCUCCUCCACAUUCCAGCCCAUCACCAAGAAUUUCACUUCAGCCGUCUCCCCAGAAGUCAUCUCCACACCCUUUGGAACAAGGGCACCUUGGAUCAAGAGAGCAGAGUGCCAUGCUUCCACAGCUUCACACGCCCAACAGGGGGGUCCUGUCCGGUGAUCUGGGACUGCUGGAAGACACCAGCACGGAGGAGAAGCUUGAGAAGCUCGUGGAGGACUUGUAGCAGUAAAGGACCAUAAAAAUGGAUGCAUUUAUUAGCCUUCUAAAUAUUUUCUACUGAGAUGUCCUAUUCAGAUGUUUCACAGUUGGCACAUUUAAUUUUUCCCAAAAUGCAGAAGUGCCGUUUUCCUGGGCAUUGAGGGAUAUGUGAUGUGGCCAGUUUAAAAAGAAGAAGUAGUAGGGGAAAAACUUACAAUAAUAUCAUAAGGCAUAUUUUGAAUCCUAUCAAUUUUUUUCGGUUAUUUGGGGUCUUUGUUACUUUUUUUUCCCAAGUCAUCUUUUGUUUGCUCAAUUUUUAAAUGCAAAUAUUUUUUUUAUUUUGCAAAUGUCAUUUUUUUGUUAAAUGAAAAGGACGGUCAGUGAAUACUUUUGUGUCUGGGAGUUUCCUCAGGCAGCCAUUUGCCUUUUCCUGUUGCUGAUGCAUUUCUGGUAUCCAUUUAUACGACGGGGGUCCUGUGAUGGCACCCUUGUGGGCAGUGAUGCUUGUGCUCUUCUGUUCCGUUUGGUAAAUCUCCACAAAGAGUAUUAGAUGUUCCAGUUUUAUAGAUGGGAGCACAGACUGGUGGUCCAGAACACGGCUCGUUACUGGCUGGCAACAAGGCAGGCGAAAAGAUGGUUGCUUUGCUUCUCUUUGUGAGUUGUCUCCGACUAUGCAUCUGUUGUCCUGUUUAGGGCACACGUCAUGUGGCAUUCACAAAUACAGUAUCUUCAUCUUGCAAUAAUCCUAUUCAGAAAGCUUGGAUUGAUGUAUCGUUAGAGUACAAAAAAAAAGGAAGCAAGUAUUGGAAGACAUCAACCGAAAUAAAACUUCAUACAACUGACUGGCUGAGCAUGCUGGUCCCCAAAUGAGCGUCUUCUCUCUUGUGACUCGCAGAAGGUGAUGAGCUGGACUCGUCACUCAAGUCUUGAGACAGCAUGUGUGUGUGGGGGGGGUGUUGUGUCCGUGAAUGGCCGCUCCUUUAUAUUAUUUAUAUGGUGUAGUGUAAGUGUUUGAAAACUGUUGGGUUUGGCUGCCUAGUGAGCGGUUUGCUCAGGACUGUUUUCAGCUGUCCGGCUAUAAGCUCUCUGCACACCGCAGGCAGCCAUUUGAUUGCUUUGGUGAACGUUUUAAGUUUCUCUCCCAUCUGGUCAUUGGAAUUAUUCAUUCAUUUGCACGUGUUCAGACAGCUUUACAUGCCUAUUUUCAGCCAUGGUGUCUCAUGGUUUUGUUAUUCGUUUAUUUCCAGUUUGUGUUUAAUUGCUUUGAUAUGCAUAUCAGACGUUUAAAAAAAACUUUUAUGCAAGUAAAUGCAACAAAGAAACAAA